ACAUUUCGAUAGUUUUGUGUAGACAAAAGAUUUCGCGGAGAUGAAUAAUGAUAAUCCUAAUAUAAUAUUUAAUCCACUUAUUAGUUCAAUACAAAAAGUGGUGCUCUAUGAAACACGUUCGCGCUUGUAUUUGGUGGGCAGCAACAAUCGCGAGACGCGAUUUCGGCUGCUGACCAUCGAUCGGCUGGCGUUGAAUCGCUUGAGCAUUGAAGAGAAUGCGAAUGAGUUCAACAGCUUGGAGAUUCGCAGGUUUGUGUCAUCGCUGACGGGUUCACCAAAAGUGACUUCGGCCUAUGGAGUCCUGGGCUUUGUGCGCUUCCUCGAGGGUUAUUACCUGGUGUUGGUUACCAAGCGUAAGUGUUGUGCCCACAUUGGUAUGCAUUUGGUGUACACCAUCAAGGAUACGGUGAUGGUGCGCGUCAACGAAGUGACAUCACAGCGACAGCCACAUCCGCACGAGGAGCGCUACAAGAAGAUGUUCCAAAACAUUGAUCUACGCAUAAAUUUUUACUUCUCUUACUCGUACGACUUGACCCGCACCCUGCAGUACAAUGAAUCAGCUCCGCGUUAUGUGGGCGCCAAGGUGAAUCUCGAGCGUGACGAACCGCUGCCCGACUGGAACAAGCUGACCAAUAAUGUGGCACAGGAGCACGAACGUGUUGACUAUGCCUUUCGCAGUGAUUCACGCAAGCGUUUCGUGUGGAACGCUUAUCUGCUGCAGCCGAUGGAGGGCAUCAUGCUCAAGGACUGGCUGCUGGAGGUCACGCAUGGAUAUGUGAAGCAAUCCUGCUUCAGCAUCUUUGGCAGGCAUGUCAAUGUGUGUCUCAUCGCGCGCCGCAGCACACGCUUUGCUGGCACCCGUUUCCUCAAGCGCGGGGCCAACUUUCAGGGCGAUGUGGCUAACGAAGUGGAAACGGAGCAGAUUGUCAGUGAUGGUCAGCGGUUGUGUGCUUUUACGCAGAUGCGCGGUUCGAUCCCAUCGCACUGGUCGCAGGAUAUAAGCAAGAUGGUGCCAAAACCGCCCAUUCAACUGGACAUCUGUGAUCCUUAUGCCCAAACACCGUCACGUCAUUUUGAGCGAUUGCUCUUCCAUUAUGGCGCUCCACUGAUUAUGCUCAAUUUGGUGAAGAAGCGCGAGCGGCGUAAGCAUGAGUCCAUUAUUUCCAAGGAGCUGGAGAACAGCAUUAGGUAUCUCAAUCAGUUUCUGCCGCCCCAGCAUCGCAUGAAACACAUCCACUUCGAUAUGGCGCGUCAGACCCGCAUCAGUCAUGGCAAUGUCAUGGAGCAGCUGGCCGUGCACGCGGCGAGUAUAAUACAGUUGACGGGCAUGUUCUACAAGGCGCAUCGGGGCAGUGAGCUCAGCUUCCAGACGGGCAUUGUGCGCACCAACUGCGUUGACUGCUUGGAUCGCACCAAUUCGGCACAGUUUGCCAUUGGCAAAUGCGCUCUGGGUCAUCAGCUGGAGCGUCUCGGCUUUGUGAAGUCGGCCAAACUGGAAUUUGACUCGGAUUGCGUGACCAUGCUGGAACAUUUAUACGAGGAGCAUGGCGACACUUUGGCUCUGCAAUACGGUGGUUCUCAGCUGGUACAUCGCAUUAAGACUUAUCGCAACCCCGCCGCCUUGGCGUCGCAAGGCAACGAUCUGAUGCAGACUCUGAGCCGCUAUUACAGCAAUACUUUCAGCGACACCGAGAAGCAGCAAAGCAUAAAUCUAUUCCUUGGACUCUAUAAGCCCAGCUUUACGAAAUUGAAUCAGCCCAUUUGGGAGCUUCAGACGGACUACGAUAUGCACAAUGCCUUUGUGCCAAGCACCUCGAGCGCAUCCAUUACAGAUUGGGUACGUCACAAGGUGCGUGAAUGCUUGCCCUAUCCAUGCGCUGAUAGCAAUAAGCUGGUCAAGGAGCUGUUUCGUGUGCACAGCAAUGGUCUCGAGAUGAUUGAUGCCUACUCCAAUUACCAUCAGUCAUUUAAGUGGACGGACUUCAGCGAACAAAUUCAAUUUGAGAUCAGUCAACGUGCCGCGCGAUAUAUGCCCACAUUCCGAAGUCCCUUCCAGCAUCAGGUACAACCGUCGCGUAAGGGUCCACAGAAUCCAUCGAUGACUGGCCAAAGCUCUGGAUUACUUAACAGCAACUCCUCCAGCUCAAACGAGGGUGAGGGUAGCUCCAGCGAUGAGGAGCUUAGCGCCAGUUUACCAGAGAAGGAAUCGAAGCAAACAGAAUCGGUGGAGCCAGCUCCUUUCACGCUGGCAUCCGUGUUACCUUCGAUGGAAAAGGUGUAUGGCUGCACCAUCAGUCCGCCAUCCACACAGAGCAUGGCCAUCUACAAAAAAUACGUUCAAAUGGAUAAACUAUCCAGCGGUGGGGCUCAGCCGACCCAAACGGCUGUGGCCCAACGUGAACAAGAGCUGGCCAAGAUGAUGCGCGGCAUUACACUGCGUCCGCUCAGUGAUUACGGCACAGACUCCUAUCUGAGUGUGUUGCCUCCAACAGUGCCGGAAAAGAGUCAACUCAUUUAUGCAGAAUACUGUAAAACGCAUGCUAAUUUUAAUGCUGUGCCCAAAUUUGACGAGUUUAACUUGCUAUACAGCUACGUACAGAGACUUUGAAAGCCACACCCUAGCCCUAACUCCACGUACAAUAGGCUAAUUAUUGCAGUUGAAUGCCGCACCAUGUUUUAAGGAAUUCUAUUGUUUUAUUCAUUAAUGCAGUAAAGGCGAACUCAACGCAUUUAGAUGCCUAAAAGCUUAUUUACUGUUUACAUGCGACCAGUUGAUUUGGGAUACGUUUAAAAAUAAAUAUCGAUAAAAUCAACGGCAUUACCAAGGGCCUAAAGCAAUUGAUAAGUAUUACCCUUGCCUAAGCGUAGAUAUGUAUAAUCGCCUUAAUACAAUAAUAAUAUAUUACUAUGUAAUUUAGUAAAGUGUACAACAUGGUAUUAAUAUCAUUAUCACUGUGAACAUACAAAUAUUAUUCAAUAUCAUUUAA